AUGACGGAGAGGUUGUGUUUUAUUUCUGCAACUGUUGUCAUAUUAACUACAUAAUAGAGUUAAAUACAAAAAGAUACUUAUUAAAAACUUAAGUGUUCGAUUCGUUUUUGAAAAUGAUAUCUUUUUCUUGUUUUUUCUUGUGUUUAAUGUGCUUGCCUUUUUGUUUGGGUCGAGCAGAAGGUGAUCCGUGCACAAUAACCAUAAAAGACACAAAGCCUGCAACUCAUGUUCCGGGGACAUGUCAGUCGCUGUACAACUGUGCCUAUGCUUGGAAAGUACUUUACGAAGAUGAGAAGAAACCGCCGAUGUGCUGGUGGAAGGGUGACCUGAGAGUUGUAUGCUGCCCCACAAUAGAUAUGGGGCACAGAACGGGCCCAUUUGGCAAACUGUACGAACCGAGCCAGCAUGGCAUCAAACUGUCUAAUGAUGCGACCUGCUACUACGACGGGAUCCUGCAAGUAUGCUGCCCAAACAAGCCCGACAGGCCACUGCCGGAGGAGAAAGGCUGCCCAGCGCUGGACAUACCAGACCAGCCACCCAAUCUGAGCAUUGCGGAAGAGAUUGCUUGGCAAAAAUGUAUGGACAACCAGAGAUUCGUCCAAGUAUGUGUAGCGGAAACUGGGGAUAAAGACCGGCUCAAAAGGGAGAAUGUGUGUUUCAUUCCCAAAGAGAAGUACAGAAUCUCGGGCGGCGAACCGGCGAAAGAAAACGAGUUUCCAUUCAUGGCUGUUCUUGGAUUGGCGGAAGCAAUCGAGAUGGGCUCUGUCCAUGAUGUCCGCUGGGUAGGCGGGGGUUCCCUCAUCAGUGACCGGUACAUCCUGACAGCUGCGCACGUGCUCAUAGACACGGAGGGACGGCCCCUGCGGUACGCAAAGCUGGGUGGACUGAACAAGACAGACGUGAGGGAUGGGGUGCUGUAUACCAUAGUUCACACUUUCAAGCACCCACUUUACGACUACUCGGCACAGAAGCACGACAUCGCACUCCUCAAAUUGCACACGAGAGUUCAGUUGUCAGUGCACAUCCGUCCCAUCUGCCUACCGGUGUCCAGCUACCACACACACGACAGCAUCCGGGACAUUGCGGGCUGGGGCGAGGUCAAGGAGAACUCCGAAUCUUCAGAAGUGUUGCUUACAACCGACGUAAGAAUUCAGGCGUGUGACACCGCGCACUAUGACCCCUCUAUUAUGAUCUGUGCCAUGGGACAGAUCAGGAAUUCUGGGAUCCCAGAUACUUGCCACGGUGACAGUGGGGGGCCGCUGAUGGCGUACCUACAGAACAUUCCGUGCUCUCACGCCGUGGAGGGGGUGGUGUCGUUCGGUCCCCGCUGCGGGGAGGGGGCGCUGGGUGUGUACACCCGGGUGUCCCACUACCUGGACUGGAUCGUCCAGACCGUGUGGUCCGAAGAGUGGGAGCGGGCGAAACAGGACAUCCAAAUGCUGAAUGACUUAUACCCCUUAAUCGAGCAGUCCUCAUUUAAGGCUUAGCUAUACUGAAUAC